GCUUGGACUUGAGCAGUGGGGAGGAAUAGAAGCAGCUGUCCCGGGAUCGGACGCACUCAGCGCGCAGAGGGGUAAGAGGCGAGGUCGAUCGGUGAGCGCGUCUCCUCCUAUCUCUCCCCUGCGUUGCCGUGAUCUGAGGAUUUGUGGGAGGGUGUAUCUUGCUGAGUGAUUUGAUGAAUCUGACUCAUUUUUCUGUUCUCUGAAGCGAGGAGGGGAGAGGGGAGAAGAGAAGAGGGGGACGAGGGGGAAGAUGAGCGAAGAGAGGCCGGUGCCGCGGAGGGAAAGCCCGUGGGGUUUGCCGGAGGGCGACACGAGGCAGCCCAAGGCGCACCGCUGCAACGACCGCGCCGAGGACGUCGUCCAGUCUGCCUUUGAAGGGAACCCAUUCAAGACAGUUCCGGGUCCAUUCAAGCUCUUCUGGCAGUGCAUGCGAUCAAAACCUGGGAGGAUAUCAACUAGUAACUGCGGAGAUGGCCCAUGAAGAGUUAUCUCCACAGGAGUUAAGAUUUUGGCAGUUUGGAACAUGUUGAUGUGGCAGCAAUAUUCAACUGCAUGGCUUUGCCUCAGUUCUAUCAUGUAGUUACUGAAUAGUAUGAAUUAGGUUAGGUGAUUUUAACAUUCUUGUAGAAUUUAUAUAAGUCAGUUCUCUGUUGAUGUGAGUCGCGAAAGUUUAUGGAGAGACUCCCUGCAUACUUCUCGGACUGCCUCUGCCAUCAGCUUGUUUCUCUCAGAGAAUGGCUUGCUUCCAAAUGUGAUGUUGCAUCUUUUGAGAAGGUGUUUCUGUUAGUUGCUUAGGUUUCUUGGAUCAGACAUGUCUUUUUAUGUAUUGGUAGCUGUGAAACCUGGCUCAGGAUUAGUCAACAUAUGUGUGGAUAUCUCAUCCUGGUUA